UUCAUAGCUACAGUAUUUAUGGGCAGACAGCAGAGCUGACUGAUUCCACCUUACAGUCCUUUCCUUUUCUUAAUCCUUCCCUGCCUAUUUUAGUCGCUUCUCCACCCCGCCGGGAAUGCCAUCCAGUUCUCAGUCCAGGUAGAUCUGACGUCAAGAGAUGGCUUUCGUCGAUUUGACGUGUAAACACUCAUUUCUAUUCUGGCUGGGAAGGCUGGAGCUCUACUCAGCCGAGAGACUGAAGCGCCUCAGUGAGCGCUCGCCGCCGCCCAGCCUCUCCUAGCGCGUCUCCCAGCCCUAGUAGAGCAACACAGAGCCAGGAGUGCUUCAGAGCAGCGGAGUGGAAAGGACCAGUCUAGCCAGUGUUUCUCUGGCUUCUUUUCUCUCAGCCAUUCCUACUUGUGUGAGAGCAAGGGUGUGAACCAUGGAGCAAAGAGGCUGGACUCUGCAGUGUACUGCUUUCGCCCUCUUUUGCGCUUGGUGUGCACUGUACGGCGUAAAAGGCAAGAAGCAGUUUGUCAAUGAAUGGGCGGCAGAGAUCCCCGGAGGACCGGAGGCGGCCUCUGCCAUUGCUGAAGAGCUGGGCUAUGACCUCCUGGGUCAGAUUGGAUCACUUGAAAAUCACUACUUAUUCAAACACAAAAACCAUCCUCGAAGGUCCCGAAGAAGUGCUCUGCAUAUUACUAAGAGGUUAUCUGAUGAUGACCGCGUGAUAUGGGCUGAACAGCAGUACGAAAAAGAGAGAACCAAACGUUCAGCCCAAAGAGACUCAGCAUUGAAUCUCUUCAAUGAUCCAAUGUGGAAUCAGCAGUGGUACUUGCAAGACACCAGGAUGACUGCAGCUCUGCCCAAGCUGGAUCUUCAUGUGAUACCUGUUUGGCAAAGAGGCAUUACAGGCAAAGGAGUUGUUAUUACUGUCCUAGAUGAUGGCUUGGAGUGGAAUCACACAGACAUUUAUGCCAAUUAUGAUCCAGAGGCUAGCUAUGAUUUUAAUGAUAACGAUCAUGAUCCGUUUCCUCGAUAUGAUCCCACAAAUGAAAACAAACAUGGAACUAGAUGUGCAGGAGAAAUUGCCAUGCAAGCAAAUAAUCGCAAGUGUGGGGUUGGAGUGGCGUACAAUUCCAAAGUCGGAGGCAUAAGAAUGCUGGAUGGCAUUGUAACUGACGCUAUUGAGGCCAGUUCAAUUGGAUUCAACCCUGGCCAUGUGGAUAUUUACAGUGCAAGCUGGGGUCCUAAUGAUGAUGGGAAAACUGUGGAGGGGCCUGGCCGACUAGCCCAGAAGGCAUUUGAAUAUGGUGUCAAACAGGGAAGACAAGGGAAGGGCUCCAUCUUUGUCUGGGCUUCAGGGAAUGGGGGUCGCCAGGGAGAUAACUGUGACUGUGAUGGCUACACAGACAGCAUUUACACCAUCUCUAUCAGCAGCGCCUCCCAGCAAGGCCUGUCGCCUUGGUAUGCAGAAAAGUGUUCCUCCACACUGGCCACCUCCUACAGCAGCGGUGAUUACACGGACCAGCGAAUAACGAGUGCCGACCUGCACAAUGACUGCACAGAGACCCACACAGGCACCUCAGCUUCUGCACCCCUGGCUGCUGGCAUUUUCGCUCUGGCCUUAGAAGCAAAUCCAAAUCUCACCUGGCGAGAUAUGCAACAUCUGGUUGUCUGGACCUCUGAGUAUGACCCAUUGGCCAAUAACCCAGGUUGGAAAAAGAAUGGAGCAGGCUUGAUGGUGAACAGUCGAUUUGGAUUUGGCUUGCUAAAUGCCAAAGCUCUAGUGGAUUUGGCUGAUCCUAGAAGCUGGAGCAGUGUUCCGGAGAAGAAAGAAUGUGUUGUAAAAGACAAUAACUUUGAGCCUAGAGCCUUGAAAGCUAAUGGAGAAGUGAUUGUUGAAAUUCCAACAAGAGCUUGUGAAGGCCAAGAAAAUGCUAUCAAGUCCCUGGAACAUGUGCAAUUUGAAGCAACAAUAGAAUAUUCUCGUAGAGGAGACCUUCAUGUCAUGCUCACUUCUGCUGCUGGAACCAGCACUGUACUGUUGGCUGAAAGAGAGCGGGAUACAUCCCCCAAUGGCUUUAAGAAUUGGGACUUCAUGUCUGUUCAUACAUGGGGAGAGAAUCCUAUAGGCACUUGGACACUGAAAAUUGCAGACAUGUCUGGAAGAAUGCAAAAUGAAGGAAGGAUUGUGAACUGGAAGUUGAUUUUGCAUGGGACUUCUUCUCAGCCAGAGCACAUGAGGCAGCCUCGUGUGUAUACAUCCUACAAUACUGUCCAGAAUGACAGGAGAGGAGUGGAGAAGAUGGUGAACGUUGUAGAGGAGCAGGCCACACAAAAGAGCCCGGAUGACAAUUCCCUGGUGCCCCAAAGCUCCAGCAGCAGCAGUGUGCAGGGCAGAAUGGAUGAGAAGGUACACAGAGCCCCUUCCGAAGCCAUGCUACGGCUCCUACAGAGUGCUUUCAGCAAGAGCGCACCUUCAAAGCAACCACCAAAGAAGUCUACAAGUGCAAAGCUCAGCAUCCCUUACGAAAGUUUCUAUGAAGCACUGGAAAAGCUAAACAAACCCUCCCAGUUGGAAAACUCUGAGGACAGUCUGUACAGCGAUUAUGUUGAUGUUUUCUAUAAUACAAAACCUUAUAAGCAUAGAGAUGACAGGCUGCUGCAAGCUCUUGUGGAUAUCCUGAAUGAGGAAAAUUAAAAUAGGUGUAUGGCCCGAGUUGGAAAUCUUUAUGCCCUUCCUUCCCUUAGAUGUUCCUGGGUCUGAACUUGUGUCACUGGUUCCUAUGCUUAUAAUGUUCUUCAUGUACUUCUCUGUUCUCUCCUCAAACCAUUCCCUUGGGUGAGUCACAAAAGGCAAGCUAACUUCAAGAAUGGGUCUUUGUGUUUGAGAAUAUGUCUUCCCUGUCUUUACAAGCGAAGCAAUUACUUUCGAAAGUCACUGUUGGCAUACGGCCUUUUGUCCCAAUAGAAUGGCUCCUUCAGCCUCCUCAUUUCAUACUUCACAAGAACAGCAGAAGAAUGUGAGAUCCAUCUUAAUUUAGAAAAGUAAUCUACAAAAGUG